AUGGGCGAUAUGCACUUUGAUUUGAAGCUGGGAUACCCUAGUUGGAGAGUUCUAAGUGAAAUGUGUGUCAACAUAGACAAAGCGGCCAAAAUGAUUCUCAGAAGAUUCGGCGUGGAUUACUUCUUCGAUGAGAAUCGAGAGUUCAGAGAAUUCCUCCUGUUCUGGGCCAGACGUUUCUGCAAGGUCGCCAGGAGGGCUCUGGAGAAGCCAAUGGUGCGGGAGGAGUGGGCGGUAGAAGUCGGCAAGAUUCUGUAUGCCUUACUAGAGUUUCUGAAAACGUCUCAUGAUGCGCUCUUGGAAAGAGAAGUGGAUGCGAUGCUAGAAUCUACCUUGGAAUUACUUGGUGAAGACGGCUUGGCAGUCACGCCGUUCCUUCCAGGCCAGAAGUCUCGCAUUUUUCGAGGGAAGAUCCACCUGAUAGACAGAGAUGAGUCCGACUCUAAACAGCGGGUCGCUGAUCUCUUGGACCAGAACGAAGACUUAUCAACAAGUGGCGAACGUGGGGGACCACUACAGCUUUCCAGGAAAAAUAUGGGUCUGCCGUCUGACAGUAUUAUACAGGAGAUAGAGGAUACUGAGGACGAGCGCAGAAGGCAAGAUGAGGCUCUCAUGGAAGACUUUGACUCGGACUCCGACUCAGAUUCUGAGGAUGAAAUAUUCCCACCUCUCCGCGAUGAGGCCAUUCACCCAAUCUGGAAUACGAAACCGCAGAAGGGUGAACUUCAAAGACGUUUCGUCUCCAAACCGUCUAAGGUACAGAAGCGAACUCCACGCCGACGCCGAACUCAGCCGACCUGA